CGAUCGGUGCAAACCCGAAAGGAGGAGAGAAAGAUGGCGAUCGCCGCCUGCUUCAACCCCUACCCCUCCCCCCGCCUCCCCCGCCUCCGCUCCUCCCCCCCGCCGCCGCCCCUCCUCCGCCUCCCCGCCGCCAAGGCCGCUCCCGUCCUCUCCUCCUCUCGCGCCCUCCACGGCGGCCGCCGCCGCCGCCGCCACCUCCUCCUCUCCUCGAUCGCCUUCUCCCUCCCCGGCGGCGGCGACUCCAUCAAUGGCGGCGGGAGCUCCGGCGGAGGCGGCGACGGCGGCGGGGGCGACGGCGGCGGCGGCAGCGCCGGGGACAGGAACAGGAAGGAGGCGCUCAUGGUCCUGGCGGAGGCCGGGCGGCAGCUGGAGAGCUUGCCGAAGGACCUGGCGGCUGCGGUCGAGGCCGGGAGGAUCCCGGGUUCGGUCGUGUCGAGGUUCUUCGAGCUCGAGAGGUCGCCGUUCUUCCGUUGGUUGAUGCAGUUUGGAGGUUUCAAGGAGAGGCUUCUCGCCGACGAUCUCUUCCUCGCGAAGGUCGCCAUGGAGUGCGGAGUGGGGAUCUUCACCAAGACUGCUGCUGAGUAUGAACGACGCAGAGAGAACUUUUUCAACGAGCUGGAAAUUGUUUUUGCAGAUGUGGUGAUGGCUAUUAUUGCAGACUUCAUGCUUGUUUAUCUCCCAGCUCCAACUGUGUCUCUGAGACCGGCACUUGCAAUCGGUGCGGGGCCCAUUACUAAAUUCUUCCAUAAUUGCCCUGACAACGCGUUUCAGGUUGCUCUCUCUGGAACAUCAUAUUCAAUGCUGCAGAGAUUAGGUGCUAUAGUGCGUAAUGGCGCAAAGCUUUUUGCUGUUGGCACUGCUUCUUCGCUGGUUGGCACAGCGGUGACAAAUGCGCUAAUUAACGCCAGGAAGGCUGUUGAUAAGUCUGCAGCAGAUGAAAUAGAAAAUGUGCCUAUACUGUCGACGAGUGCUGCGUAUGGUGUAUACAUGGCUGUUUCUAGUAACCUCAGGUACCAAGUGCUGGCUGGUGUUAUUGAACAGCGGCUUUUGGAGCCCAUGUUGCACCAGCACAAGGUUAUGUUGAGUGCACUCUGCUUUGCAGUCCGGACUGGCAACACAUUCUUGGGAUCAUUAUUGUGGGUAGAUUAUGCUAGAUUUAUUGGCAUCCAGUAGCCACAAAGUCAAGAAAACGGACAGGAUUUCUUUGAUUAUGUUGUUCCAUUGGUCAGAAUAGCCGUUUGCCUCUUUGAUUGGCACCCGUUUUGAUUGUUUCCUCUGAAGCUGGAGGUUGUCGGUUCCUGAGAUUCUGGUUUUUCCGGUAUAUAUAUGAACUGAUUUUUUGGAAUCGCAGAUUUCCAAUCCUGAAUUGAACAGAAUCCCCUUGAGCACAAAAGGUUGCUGCUCCCUGUCGCUCUGGUUAUUUAGCUGUGGCCGGUUGACAAUAGACUCACAAGGUACUAAAAUUUAUGAUUUCAGCGUUACUGAAGUUGUAAGUUGUAGUUUACUGAAUUGAUCCAGAGGAGGGAGUUUUACUUGAUACUGAUGAUUGUACGCGCUCAGUCUAUUAUGAGCAAUGGUCAGUCUCGUCUCGUCGGAUUCCUGUUAAUCAUCAAGUUCAUGGUGGUUCGAUUCUUCCUUUA